CAAACAAUAUUCUUAAGAAGUUUAUCUUAAAUCAAAAUUAUUUACUUUCGCAAUAAAUUUAAAGUUUUUGACUAUGGAGACCUCGUAUGUUCAUGAUUACGGUUGGCCUUGUCCUCACGGCUACAGACCACGAAGAAAAUUAACACGUUUCCCACCUGUUAAUAUUGAAAAAUAUCGUGAUAUUGAAUGGACUGGUAAUGCACCAAUGGGUCGACUUGUCGAACGUCAAAAUAUUCCGAUUAGAGAGGUUGAUGAGGAAACUAAAAAAUUCGAUUUAGACGAUCAAAAGAGACAAUUAUUUGAAAUCGAAGAUAUGAAUGCAACGCUAAUAGAACAGAUGGCUGAAUACAAUAGAUGCGGAAAGGUGCACAAUAUAAAGUCUCCUGCUGAGUUUGUUGAUAUAAUGGCAAAAGUAUAUCCAGAGUUAUACAUUCGUCUUAAGCUCAUGUUAAGAGAUGACUACCUGAGACGCUUUUCUCGGCCUCGUUAUAAAACAUCGUAUCAAAUGCAAUUUGGUGACGAUAAAUGUGAAGGUCCAUUCGAGGAAGAAAUGGAUGUGCAGAAACAUGCAAAAGCCCUUGAAGCAGAUUCAUCUCAUAAGGCAAAAGUGCUAAGAGAAAUUUUGUGUCACCCAUAUAAGAUACCUAGGUGUGGCAGACCUUAUCAAGAAUUUUAUACGGCUUUAGAAGCAGCAAAAAGGCCUAAACUUGAACCGGAGGAGGAUAUUAAUAAGGGAUAUUUAGUAACCGAAUAUAUGGAUACUAUUAAUAAAGUUGCUUGUGUUAUUAUAAGGAAUAAGUUAAACAGUCAUAAAAGAUGUGGAAAGAACUGUAUACAUGAAAUUCAUCAACCCUGCGAUAGAUUUAAAUUCAAUUUGGCAUUGAUGAAGAAAGCAAGAAAGCCAAUAAAGGUCGAUUAUUGUACCUGAUCAUAUUUUUUGUUUAAUAACAAAUUUUUUAUAUACAUGAUAAAAAUGAAUUCAAUAAUAGUGUAUAUUAUAAUAAUGUAUAUAAUGUUAUGAAAUCAUAUCUACAGUAGAAUGUACAUUAAAUGACUACUUAAAUAAGUUAGCAAUCUAUUAUGAAUUUCUAAAUUGACACAAAAUAAUAAAUC